AGCCCUUUAUUUACACCAGAUGACGCGCCAGAAGCGAGGACAAGGCCCGUGAUAUUUAUUCUCGGGGGCGUAGGAGAGAUAUCUAGUCCGUUCUAGCUUCUCGAAGUAUGUCCUCGUGUAGUUCGGUGUCCAAAAGCGUAGCAACUGACGUUUCUCUAAUAUCUAUCCCCAAUCGCUAUCACGCGGAUAGAUUGCAGCCAUGGAAUAUUGAGACGAGCAACCAUCAAGCGUCCUGGCUCUUAGGUAGAGUAUAUCAAGAUGCUGAGCGGCUCCAGGGCCGACAUAAGCAUCACUGGACGGUGCCGAGUCAUCUUCGAAUCUUUCUCUUGUUUUGUUUCAUCGGAGUAGUGAUUGACGAGACAUUACCACCUCAUGGGUAUGUACUUUCUUUGCCUGCUCUGUAGUGAGGGAACUUUCUCUUGAUGGCUAGAGCUUUGAUCAUCUCCGGUAUCUGUCCAGAGUUCGAAAUCAACGAUUGCAAGCCGCGAGUAGUUGGACGCCGCGAGGUCACGAGUCCGCCAUAA